AUGGGAAAGGAAAACUGGUCCAGUGUCUCAGCAUUUUUUCUCCUGGGGUUCUCCAAGCAGAAGGAGCAGCAGGAAGUCCUCUUCGGGCUGUUCCUGUCCAUGUACCUGGUUACUGUGGCAAGCAAUCUCCUCAUCAUUCUGGCUAUCAUCUCUGAUGCUCACCUCCACACCCCAAUGUACUUCUUCCUGGCCAACCUCUCCCUUGCUGAUGCGUGCUUUGUGUCUACCACAGUCCCCAAGAUGCUGGCAAACAUAUGGACCCAGAGUCAAGUCAUCUCGUAUGCAGAGUGUCUAUCUCAACUAUAUUUUUUCAUGUUAUUUGUGAUGCUAGAGGUGUUCCUUUUGGCUGUCAUGGCUUUUGACCGCUUUGUGGCCAUAUGCCACCCGCUCCAUUACAUCAUGGUCAUGAGCCCUGGGCUCUGUGUCCUUCUAGUCAUUGCGUCUUGGAUCAUGAAUGCCCUCCACUCCCUACUACACACACUCCUGAUGAACAGCCUGUCCUUCUGUGCAGACCAUGAGAUCCCACACUUCUUCUGCGACAUCAACCCUCUCCUGAGUUUGUCCUGCACAGACCCCUUUAUCAAUGAGUUGGUGAUCUUCACCCUAGGGGGACUGGCAGGCCUAGUUUAUGUGCUUUGCCUGAUUAUCUCUUAUGCAUAUAUUUUCUCAACCAUCCGGAAGAUCCCCUCAGCUCAGGGAAAGCAGAAAGCCUUUUCUACCUGCAGUUCUCAUCUCUCUGUAGUCUGUCUUUUCUUUGGGUCUUCCUGUUGUGUUUAUUUCAGUCCUCCCUCCACCCGCUCAGCACAGAAGGCCACAGCUGCAUCAGUGAUGUACACCGUGGUUACCCCAAUGCUGAAUCCCUUUAUCUAUAGUUUAAGGAACCAAGACAUCAAGUCUUCCCUGAGAAAGCUCAUUUGGGUUAGGAAAAUACAUUCCUUUUAAAAUUCCCUGGGUGGCAAAAACGGUUAAUCACUUGACUACGAACUGAAAGGUUGGCAGUUUGAACCCACCCAGAGGCACCUCAGAAGACAGGGCUGGUGA